AUGAUUCUCAGACUUUGUUUUUUAUUUUGGCUGUUUACUACACCAUGUAGUAGUAUACAAAUUAUACCAAGAAGUUUAUUAAGGGAUUUAUCUGUUGAACCGUCUAUUUAUGAAUCAGAUGCUUUAAAUAAUGAACAAGGUUUUUUUGAUUUUGAUAAUUUUUACAACAAAUUUGUUUAUGAUCUUCUAUCUGAACCAGUGUCAUCAAAUAAAGAAAAAAUAGUCAAUUAUGAUAACCAAAAAGAUAUUAUAAAUACAGAAUCAAAACAUUUUUCAUCAAAAAAAACAAAAAUAAAAUAG